ACUACCUAUGGUCAGACAGUAACUUUCUCGUGCAGUGUAGGAUAUCAGAUAUUUGGUGCUGAGCAAGCCACGUGCAUGGCUGAUGGGAGUUGGAGUACCACCUCACCUUUGUGCCAGAUAACAAAUCGUAUAUUUCAGACUGCGGAGGAUUACCUAACCCAGAAAAUGGUUUGGUGUCAGCCAGCCAGACCACAUUUGGUCAGGUGGCUACCUAUGAAUGUAAGCUAGGAUACACUAUGUCGGGAACCAGCAGUCGUAUUUGUCAACCAGAUGGUUCCUGGUCAGGCAGAGAGCCGAGCUGUUCACCAAGAGACUGUGGACAAUUGUUUAACUCGAUCAAUGGUUUCGUCAACGUUUCUAUGGGAACCACGUUUGGUAGUGUGGCUACAUACAGUUGUAGAGAGGGAUACAGUCUUGUAGGGCAGGGAACCAGCCAGUGUAAUUAUACUGGUACCUGGAAUCCCCCUGUGACUCCCACUUGUGUUGUCAUUGACUGUGGCAUACUGGUGGACCCCCAGUUUGGUUCAGUGGCACUAUCUCAGGGUACGAGGUUUAAGAGUUUAGCUACAUACAGGUGUGAUACAGGGUAUGAGCUCAGAGGACCAACAUCUAGAGAAUGUCUCUCUACAGGCAAAUGGAGCAAUGUACAAUCACAGACAUCAUGUUCUAGAGUUGACUGCAGUGAACUACAAGCUCCUAUCAAUGGUAUUAUUACUUAUACAGCUGGAACCAGUCUUGGUAGCCAGGCAAUAUUUGACUGUGAUCACGGUUUCUAUAUGACUGGCUCCAAUAUCUCUCUGUGUUCGGAGGGAUCAUGGACCCAUACAACACCAUUAUGCACUUUACAAGACUGUGGCUCUAUAGCACAGCCAGUUGAUGGUUCUGUGUCUUUGACAAAUGGAACAGUGUUUAACAGCAUUGCAGAGUUUACAUGUAACACUGGCUAUAGAUUGUCUGGUCCAAGGAUGAGAACAUGUUCUGACAGCGGGAAAUGGAAACCAAAACAAGGAACCAAAUGCUUGUUAUAUGACUGUGGAAUGUUGCAAAAUCCUGUAAAUGGCAAUGUAGAUCAGUCAUCAGGAACUACGUACGGACAAACUGUACAGUUCUCGUGCAGUGUGGGAUAUGAAAUAUUUGGAAGCAGUCAAGCGAUAUGCAUGGCAGAUGGAACAUGGAGUAAUGCAGCACCACUUUGCCAAGUUACAGAUUGUGGUGGUCUGUCGAGCCCUGAUAAUGGUUUGGUGUCAGCCAGUCAGACGACAUUUGGUCAGGUUGCUACCUAUACCUGUGCUGAGGGAUAUAGCUUGUCGGGAACCAGCAGUCGUAUUUGUCAGCCAGAUGGUUCCUGGUCCAGUUCACCACCACUUUGUUUGGUGAAAGAUUGUGGAUCACUCCCUGACCCAGUAUUUGGGAGAGUAGAAUACAGUAGUUCAUUGUAUGGUAGUGUAGCAGUCUACAGAUGUGAUGUUGGAUACAGUUUGCAAGGUGUGUCUGGUAGAAAUUGUGCAGCAGACGGGCGCUGGUCAGGUACCACACCUACAUGUAUAACUAUUGAUUGUGGAACAUUGUCAUCUAUACGGUUUGGUUCCUAUAAACCACCUCAGAGAAAUGUAUAUGGUACCACAGUUACUAUCAGCUGUGAUACAGGGUACAGGCUCAAUGGUAAUGCUACAGUCACAUGUCUUCAAACCAGCCAGUGGAGUCCAUUACCUUCUUGUGUGAUAAGAGACUGUGGGGAUCUAUCCAGACCAGAUAAUGGACUGGUUUCACUACCAGGAGGGACAACAUAUGGACAGACAGCUUUAUUCUCCUGUCAGACUGGUUACCUGCCCACGGGACCAACAGAGCUACAAUGCACGGAAGAUGGUAUCUGGAAUGGUUCCCCACCUGCCUGUCAACAUGCAGAUUGUGGAAUUCUCAGUGACCCAAUGAAUGGUGGUGUGACUAUAAGUGGGACGAAAUUUGGGGCCUAUGCCACCUAUGUCUGUGAUGCAGGGCACCAGAUAACUGGUUCCCCUAGCAGACUGUGUCAGGAAGAUGGAACAUGGAGUGGUUCCUCACCCUCCUGUAUAGUCAGAGACUGUGGCCAGUUGACUGCACCAGCCAGAGGAAAUGUGUCUGUACCAUCUGGAACUACAUAUGGAAAUAUCGCUAAGUUCUCGUGCAACGAAAAAUAUGAUUUAGUUGGAUUAUCAGCUGUAGUUUGUCGAGCGGAUGGCACAUGGAGUGCUCAACCACCAGUUUGUACACUUAAAGAUGGACUGAUUUCAAAAGACCUCACAAUAAGGUUAAAUAUGACAGCACCUCCAGGCCUUACUCUCUCUAACCCAUUUACUUACAAUGCAUACCAGUUGGAAGUUAAAACAGUGCUUACACAACACUAUGGGACAAUUAUGAAAGAUGGCAUUGUGGAUAUCAUCGUAAACUCACUUCAGUUGGGUAGUUUGAUAGUUGACUACACAGUGGUUUUACAAGACAGUGAAGGAGCUGUGAAGGAUUUUACUGAAGCGUCACUGAGACUUGCCCUGGGAUCUACACUCGAGGUGUUCAACGAGAAUCUUGGUGUGAACAGAAUGACUGUGGAUGACAGUUUAGUGAACCUACUUUCAUUGUCAGCGGAGGAACUAGCUUGUAGAUUAUUCCUUGAAAUGUCCGGUCCAUGUCAGACUGGAUAUAUAUGUACAUUGGUUGCUAACAGUCCAGAAUGUAGACCAGAUCCCAGUACAGAUUGUGGGAUUCCAGCCAAUCCAUCCAACGGGGCAGUAGAUUACUCCCGUGGUACACUGUUUGGAGAUACAGUUAUAUACACGUGUAACUCUGGUUAUACAUUAGUAGGUCAUAAUACACGUACAUGUCAGGGCGGCGGGAACUGGGCACCUGAUGCCCCUACAUGUUCUCUUACAGAUUGUGGAACAUUGAGUGACCUUGCGAAUGGUUUAGUUGUAUUUGGUGGCACUGUGAUUGGACAGACAGCGUUUUACAGCUGUAAUCCUGGAUACAGUCUAAUUGGUGCUUCUGUGGUCACCUGUCAGCUAGACGGUACCUGGAGUAACCCACCCCCUACAUGUAGGAUUACAGGGUGUGGUGGUUUAUCCAAUCCAUUACAUGGAACAGUAACGGUAUCGACUGAUGGUAGUGUAGCACAGUAUACCUGUCAGACUGGUUUUUAUUUGACUGGUGACAGUCUGAGAACAUGUCUGGUUUCCAAACUGUGGAGUGGAAGUGCUCCUACAUGUCGGGCUGUAGAAUGUUUUAAUCUACCAGAUCCUCUGAAUGGUAGAGUAGAUAUAACUGGUACAUCUUAUGGCAGCACAGCGACAUACCAUUGUACAAGGGUAGGGUACAAAAUGUCAGGCCCUGAUACACGGGUGUGUGGACAGGAUGGACAGUGGUCUGGAAAUGCCCCAAGCUGUGAUAUUAUUGAGUGUGAUGUUUUGCCACCAUUACCCAGUGGUAAUAUAGAUAUGCUAGACAGAACAUACGGACAGACGGUGUCUUUUACAUGUAACCAGGGCUACAUACUGCAAGGUGCUCAAACAUUGACAUGCAUGGCAUCUGGCUGGAGUGGUACACCUCCGAUAUGCAGAUCAUCUGGUGACUGUGGAUCAUUAGACAAUCCAAUGUAUGGCUAUGUUACAUUUAGUCUUGGUACCGCAUUUUUGUCCAAGGCAACAUUUUCAUGUUAUGUGGGGUAUAAGCUGACUGGAAGUACAGAACGUGUUUGUCAAGCAGAUAAUACUUGGAGUGGAACGCCCACAACCUGCAUUCUUGUUGAUUGUGGUCAGCCUGUCAGUUCCGAUGGAGGAAGAGUUACAUAUACAAGUGGCACCACCUAUGGCAGAGUGGCAACAUAUACCUGUAACUCUGGCUAUGAUUUGAUUGGUCCAGCUACAGUCACAUGUCAGAACAACGGUACAUGGACUUACAAACCUAUUUGCAGAGCUAAAGAUUGUGGUUCCCCGCCUAAUCCAUUGAAUGGACUGGUAGAUAUUGUGGCUGGUACCACGUUUGGUUCCACUGCUGUGUACACAUGUAACCCAGGAUACUACCGACAGGGAGCCAGUGCAAGGACUUGCCUAGCAACAGGAUACUGGGAUAAUCUUGUACCAACCUGUGUUGUUAGAGAUUGUGGACCUCUCGCCACGCCUACACAUGGAGUAGUGAAUGUGCCUUUGGGAACAACGUAUGGACAGACAGCUACAUACUAUUGUAACCCUGGUUACACGUUGUCUGGUACUGCAAGUAGACAAUGUGCCGUAGAUGGGUUAUGGACCGGUUUCUCUCCUGUAUGUAUUGGAGUUGUAUGUGGAAGUCUCAGCCGUCCAGGCAAUGGACAGGUGUCUUUAUCUCAAGGUUUAGGAGUCGGGUCAGUUGCUACAUAUACAUGUAAUCCAGGGUAUGUUCUUAGUCCAGCUAAUAACGCAGCAAGGACAUGUAAGAUGAAUGGCACCUGGACUGGUACACCACCUGUAUGUAUCUUCAUAGACUGUGGCAGUUUAUCAGCACCUAUGUUUGGUGAAAUUGUGAUAGAUCAGACAACAUUUGGACACAAGGCCUUGUACACAUGUAACCAAGGUUACAUGAUGUCUGGUUCUAAGGAGAGAAGGUGUAAUACAGAUGGAUACUGGAGUGGAACCCGGCCUGUGUGCACAGUCACAGAUUGUGGAUCACUGAAUCACCCAGACAAUGGCAAGGUGAUGAUGCCAGAGGGAACACUAUUUGGUCAUACAGCUGUGUAUAAAUGUAACUCUGGUUACACAUUGAAAAACUACUACAAGAGAACCUGUCAGUCAAAUGGAACAUGGUCUGGGGCGGCACCUUCGUGUGAGUCGUCCAGAGAGUUUGCUCUGGCUGUAGGACUAGGAGUUGGCCUCACAGGUUUUGUUAUUCUAGUAAUGGUUAUUGUACUCAUAGUGGUCAUACUGUACAGACGCAACCAUUCAAAGCACUAUGGGAGAAUGUCUAGGAUGUAUACAUUCCCACGACCAGUUACGGUUCCUCCGCCUCUACCAGUGAAGAUCAACACAGGGCCGACAAUGUUUGUUCCAUUUUAUAAUGGCCCAGCAGUAGUUGAUGAUGAUAGCAACAUCUCAGAUAGACAUACAACAUGGAGAUCACGAAAAGCCGACUAUGGUGAUCCAGCAAAUCCAUUGUACUACAACACAACUAUGCCAGGAGCAGAAUAUUAUUCAUUUCACAGAUAGACCAAUGAAAGCUUCCUACAGUUGCCCUAGAACACCAUCGUAACAUGUAUGUAACUGUCACAGAGUAAUCAGCAGUGUGAAAUGGAAACAUCAAGCUUGUAUACAUGAUGAAUAAAAUUUAAUAAAAAGCUAUGCAGCUUGUUUAAACCAGAAACAUUUGCUAUAAAGUUUGAUAAAAAGGGACGGCAGUUGUGUGAACCAGAAACAGCCAACUUGUAUACAUGAUACCAAUAUAGUGCUAAAUUGUGCUUCCACCAGUUUUUGAAGAAAGUCUAUAACAUAUAGUUACUGGUAUGACAUUUUUGAGUGUUCUGUUAAUUUAUUUAGUGUUUUUUGACAGAUUAUAUAUUUCUACAAAAUAUU